AUGGCGGCGGAUUCUGGCAAGGCAGCGCCGCAACACCUACGGAGAACGGAAGCUAUAUUGUCUGUCGCUCAGAGCACGCCAAUUAUCUUCGUCUCCAUUCAGUAUAGACUUUUGUUUUACGGAUUCCCUUCAGGAGAUGAACCACAUUCUCUUGGUGUAGAGAAUCUUGGUUUGCUUGACCAGCGACUUGCUUUCCAAUGGGUACAAGAAAACAUCGCUGCAUUCGGUGGAUCUCCUUCGAAAGUCACCAUCAUGGGACAAAGUGCUGGUGGCACUAGUAUCCUCCAACACCUCGUCGCAUAUGGAGGUCGAGAUGACCACCUUUUCCGAGCAGCCAUCGUUCAGAGUGGCAGCUUCUACGACGUGCCAUGCAACUGGAAUAUAUCAUCCAUUCGAGAGGCUCGUUAUCAAACGUUUCUCAACAAGACUGGUUGUGAAAACUUCUCGUGUCUACGCUCACUCGACAACGACAUACUUUUCAACGUUUCUUUACAGCAUUACGACCAAUUCCUACCUUCUAUCGAUGGUAACUUUAUGACGGCACACCCUGUGGAGUUGUUCAAUCAAGCAAAGCAAGUCUCUGUUCCACUACUAAUGGGUGUGAAUGACGAUGAGGGCAACAUUCUUGUCAAGCCCGGUUCCAACACAACAGUGGACAUAGAGCAGGCGCUGAUAGUUCUAAACGGAUCAAGCUAUGCAAUCCAAAGCUCCGCGUUUAACAAGCUUUUUGAAUUAUACCCGGAUGAUCCAACUGCCGGUGUCCCACAUAACACUGGCCCCGGCGUGCUACCCACUGGAUUUAUGGAUAAAACGAGCUAUUUGAUCUUCGGCGAUGCGAUCGAGCACUCGGUUCGCCGUUGGAUGACAGGGCUAUAUGCGCAAGCUCGCAACCCAGUCUACAGCUACAGAUUCGCUCAGGUUCCCUGGCAUUCAUCUGUACUCUUUGGAGCAACUCACAGUUCUGAGAUGAGCUACGUGUUCGGUAAACCUGACGGUCCACGGUCUUCCGAUGCCCGCCUUGCUCAACAUAUGAGUGGAGCGUGGGCAUCUUUCGCACAUAGCCUAGACCCUAACUUUGGAAACUCUAGUCUGCAUUGGCCGGACUAUCGAGUCGCAGGUCAAAACAUGGUAUUCGUGGCCGAUGAGGAACAUGUAGAAGAAGACGUGUAUCGCAAGCAAGGAUUGGCGUUUUGGACUGAGCAGAGAAUCCAAGGUUGUACCGCACUGAGGGUUGGAUUCUGA